AUGGCGUGGCGUUGCUCGGCCUCCGGCAAUGCUGAUCUUGUGCGGAACCUUCGCAAGGCUGGGGUGAUCCACACGGAUCAUGUGGAGCAAGCAAUGCUCAAAGUGGAUCGCAGCAACUAUGCGCCACAAAAUCCAUAUACAGAUGCUCCGCAGCCGUUGGGGCACCAGGCGACAAUCAGUGCUCCACACAUGCAUGCUCAUGCACUGGAGCUGCUCGCGAACCACCUUCAACCAGGCAUGAGGGCUCUUGAUGUUGGAUGCGGAAGCGGUUAUCUGGCUGCAGUGAUGGCGAGAAUGGUUGGCAUUGACGGACAGGUGGUUGCCAUCGACUACUUGUCGCCCCUGGUGGCCUUGUCUUUGGAAAAUGUGCGGAAGGAAGACGCCGACCUUUUAGAUAGCGGCACCCUUCAAGUCGAACAGGGAGAUGGAUGGAAAGGCUUUGAGCAGGCCUCGCCGUACGAUUCCAUCCAUGUCGGGGCAGCGGCAGAGUCUGUGCCAGAAGCAUUGCUGGAACAGCUCAAGCCAGGGGGGCGCAUGGUCAUCCCUGUCGGGACCACCACACAGCAAUUCUGCACUAUAGACCGGCUGCCAAACGGCAACUUUGAACAGAAAAGUCUCAUGGGAGUGAUGUAUGUGCCCCUGGUGCACCCACCUUCGUGCAUUUGA